UUACUGCUGACAGGUUGCCCCCCCACCAGCUACUUUGCCUUCGUGUCUAUCUCCUCCUUCCAAACCCCAAGGUUAACUUGUGCAAAAAAGUAGAGGAAGCAAAGCAAGCAAAGCGUGGGCAGCUGCCCUCGGGCCAUUUUUUUUGUUCUCUCUCUCUCUCUCUCUCCUGGGGGGCCUCCUCUUCACUGGACUGUCCCGGAAUACGCUGCAGCCAGGGGGAGAAACACACACACAUACAUACACACACACACAUACACACACACACACACACACAUACUCAGACAUACAUACACUCACACCGCUCACAGGUGUGCUUGAAGGACUUGCCACAGUUCGGACGACCUCCUGUGGGCUGAAGAGUAAAGAAGAGCAGGAUGGAUCAGCCCACGACAUCACUGUCACAGCUUUUACGGGAGAGUUACCUGGCAGAGGCCCGGGCUAGGCACAGACACGGCGAGUCGGCCGACUCGGACUCUACCCCUUCUCGCCGCUUCCUGUAUGGCAGCCUGAAGAACAGAGCAGAGGACUCUGGGACGCAGGAGGACUCUCAGUUCCCCGACCUGUCGGCCUUCCUUAGUCAGGAGGAGCUUGACAAAAGUGUCAACCUCGCCAGACAGGCCAUCGGCCACGAGUCUCACCAAAAUGAAAGGUCAGAGGUCAAACCUUCACAGACCUCGUCCUCCCCACCUGCGGCCUCAGCCAUGCCCUCGCCCACGAUAAAAGCCCCCGUUGAAAAAACAGAAACUGUACCUCAGGCACAGUCAUUCACAGCCAACAGACAACCCUCUAUAGAAAAAACAGACACUUUACCACCACAGGCACAGUCAUUCACACCCAACAGACAACCCUCGAUUGAAAAAACAGAGACCCUACCACAGGCACAGUCAUUCACACCCAACAGACAACCUCCCUUUGAAAAAACAGAGUCAUUCACACCCAACAAGCAACCAACGCUACAAAACGCAGUGUCACACGACGGCGUCAUAGGAAACAACAGGGCCCCCAGAGAGCCUCAAGCCCCGGACUUCAGACGGCCCGUGAGGAACACUCCUUAUGGCAACGAGGCCCAGUCCAAAAAGGAAUUCCUCAACAAAGCUGCCGACUUCAUUGAGGAGCUGUCCUCGCUCUUCAAGGCCAACAGCUCCAAGCGGGUACGACCUCGUUCCUGUAAGCCCCACAGGAGCAGGCUGGGGAACAAGGGCCAGCCCGACGGCCAGGCCACCUAUGGCCUCAAUGUUGUGGAGGAGCGGGAGAGACCCGUUCACUCUUACGACGCAGAUGCAACAGAGGCCCUAUGCGACGAGGAACUCCCUCAGCAGGAGCAGGAGGAGGUGGACAUGGCUGAAAUGAUGGAACUGGAACUGGAACAGGAAACGUUUGUCCCACCUGGCUGUACCCCAGCUGGAGAACCUGAACGGGAACCUGAACCAGAAGCAGAACUGGACCCAGCGGUUGAGGCAGUGGCUGAAGCGGAGGGGGUUACUUAUGCUGAGGCUGAUACUAAUGCUACUGCUGGAGCUGGUGCUGAGACUGGCCCUGGUGCUGGGGCAGAGGCCGAGGUUGACGUCAUGAUGGCCGAGACCGUGGCAGUGGAGAACCCAGCCCUGCUAGAGGCCCAGGCCUCAGACGAGCCUCCCUACGAGCCUCCUCAUUUCAUUCAGAAGCUGAAGAGCCGGGAGGUUCCCGAGGGGAGCAAGGUGCGUCUGGACUGUAUUGUAAGAGGUCUCCCAGUCCCUGAAGUCCGGUGGUUCUGUGAGGGAAAAGAGUUGGAGAAUAGUCCUGAUAUCCAGAUCAUCACCAAUGGAGAACAGCACUCUCUAAUCAUCGCAGAGGCUUUCGAAGAAGACACGGGACGAUACUCCUGCUUUGCCUCCAACUUCUAUGGCACGGACUCUACAUCCGCAGAAAUUUAUAUUGAAGGUGCUUCAUCUUCAGAAUCUGAGGCAGAGCAUAAUUUUGAGCAGUUAGCACAGUUGCCAAAGCAGGCAGCCACGUCACAGGACACCUUGCCACCAGUCUCCAGCAGUGCAGCUAAUGCAGUUGUUGAUGACACACAACCUGCAACACCAGCAACCAUUUACUCUGAAGCACCUGCACAGACAGAGGAUUCUAUACAGACGGUGGACACCAGUGAAGACCCUGCUUCCAAUCAGGUCCUCUUUACACCGCCACCCACUGACCAGGUCGCUUCGCCAUCUGCCUCCAAUCAAGUCGGUUUUACUCAACCAACUGCCGACCAGCAGGCUGCCUCUCUAGCUGCUUCUAACCAGGUCCUCUUCGCCCAGGUGCCUGCUGCCCCAGCAUCCGGUCAGGUCUUCUUCUCUCCACCACCUACUGCCCUGGUGACGUCUCCACCUGCUUCCAACCAGAUCCUCUUCACACCACCACCCUCCACACAAGAGCCCACACCUGUUUCCAAUCUUCAGGUCCUCUUCGAACAACCACCCACCGCCCAGGUGACCUCUCCACUGACUCUCACCACUGGUCAAGUGGCUUCUGCACCCGCUCCCACUCAGGUCCUCUUCACAUCACCAGACGCAGUCCAGGAACCUUCUCCCCUUCUGGUGAGCCCUCAGCUGGAGCCAGCAUCUCUCCUGGUCCCGGAUCUCAGCAGCACGCCUGCUCCCCUGCAGGAGAUCCCUCAGGAGCCCCUCUCCCUCACACAGCCCGUCACGCCUCCGGACGUCAUCUCUGCUCUGGUGGACUCGGGCCCACAAUCGCUGCCCCCGCUGGGCAUCUCCACGUCCCCACCCUCCCUGGCACCCACUUCCCUGGCACCCACCUCCCCAACCCCCACCUCCCUAGCCCACACCUUCGUGGUCCCCACCGCCUCUCUACCGCCUCCCCAGCAGCCGCUCUCCAUCUUGGAAGAAACCUUGGCCCCUUUGUCACAAGCACCCGCUGCCUCUUCAACGCUGCCUCCCCUGGUACUGGGCACCCAGUCUAAUGUACUUGAGGGUCAGAAUGGAGGCAGCUAUCCUCAAGGUUUAGAUGGAAGGCCAAUAAUGGCGGCACCUGUCUUCACCAAGAGUCUGCAGGAUCUGCUGGCGCUGGAGGGCCAGUUGGUGGUGCUGGAGUGCCGUGUAAAGGGGGUGCCCUCUCCCAAGGUGGACUGGUACAGGGAGGGCACGCUCAUCGAGGACUCUCCCGACUUCAGGAUCCUGCAGAAGAAGCCCAGGUCUAUGGCAGAAUCAGAGGAGAUAUGCACUUUGGUUAUUGCUGAAGUCUUCCCCGAGGAUUCUGGAACGUUCACUUGCACCGCCAGCAAUAAAUAUGGCACAGUCUCCAGCGUGGCUGCUCUGAAAGUGAAAGGCAAUGUCACCAGCACCAACACAAACCAUGUAAACACCACACUGUCCAGCCUAAACCUGGAGUCCACACUCCCUAAGGUGCCCGGUCAGGCCGCCUCGGAGUAUAAGCCGCUGAGUGUGAAAUCCCAGCUGGACGGCGCCCUGACCAACUGCAGCAAGGCUUACUCCAGCACCCUCUCCCUCGACCCGCUCAGCCUCAACAGCACCCUGCGCUUAGAUGCCUACAGCGCCAGCAUGCCCAGCCUUGACCCGCUAAGCUUCAGCAGUACCCGCCUCGACGCUUUUAGGCCCACCCUCAUGUCCGCCGCCGCUCCUGCCGCCCCUCCUGCCGCGCCUGUCGCCAUCGAGCCCGUCGCCAUCGAGCCCAUCAGCUUCAGUAUGCCUCAUCUUGACCCUCAUAGCCUUAACCAGACUGCUCAACUCUAUGAACCAAUGCCCAGCUUUAACCAGACUGCCCAACUCUAUGAACCAACGCCCAGCUUUACCCAGACUGCCCAACCCUACGAACCGACCCCCAGCAUUAACCAGACUGCACAACCCUACGAGCCGACCCCCAGCCUUAACCAGACUGGCCAACCCUACGAGCCGACCCCCAGCAGCCUACCCUCAGUGCCCCUUCUCCAGCUUAACUCCCCCCACCUCCCCAGCCUCUGGCCUGCUCCCCAGCCUGACCCCUCUAGUCCUCCUCCCAGAGACGCUGGGCCCGUGCACGGGGCUCUAGAACCAGCAGCAGCCUACAUAGUCCCAGCAGCAACCGCCUCUCCUUCUGAGCCACUAACCUCCUGCCUCAAACCCCAGCUGGACCAGCCAUCGCUCAGGCAACCUGAGGUGCAGUCUGUCCUCUUUUCCUCCUCCACCACCCCCACCAUCACCUCCUCUUCCUCUGACAUUCUCUCUGGUGCUGUGGUCAUGCCCUCCAAAGCGGAGGGUGCUCCGGCCAUGGCCACGGCCCCGGCGGCCAAAGCCCCUGAGCCCAAAUGUACUGUACCCCUCCCAGAUCCGCCGGCCUCCUGCCUCAAGACCAGGACGGACGGCAUCCUGAGUAGCCGCAGGGAGGGGCGCUCGGCGUCUCGUGCGGGCCGCCGCGUGCAUUUUAGACUGCCCGAGGACGAGGUGGAGGAACAGCAGAGCGAGGACGGCUCGGAGGAUUUGUAUCCAUCGCUAAAGGCGCCACCUCCUGUCCUGGCCAAGCCUAAACUGGAUCCUGUCCAGCUCCAGCUGCUCCACAACCAGGUUCUCCUGGAGCAGCAGCAGGAUGGCGGUAGCCCCCAGCAGGCCCCCGAGAGAGCAGAGCCGUCAUCCCCAUGGGGGACUGAUCCAUGUGCCCCAACAACCCACGCCCCUGUCACGGCCAGGUCGGCCCCCGGUCCGGUGCCUCCCCCAGCUCCUGUGGUGGUGGACUCCAGACCACCGGCGCUGCAGAUGAGCCCAGCAGCAGUACCUGCACCUCCGGCUGUGAAUACCGCCAUGUCUCCCAUGAUGCCUCGGGUGGCCUCCACCUCAGCUCCUGCACCUGCACCUGCACCUGCUCCUGCUCCUGCUCCUGUCAGCAUGUCUGCACCCCAGAUGCCAAAGCUGUCUGCUGCAGCUGCACCAGUGAACCAGAUGUCCCCGAUGACUAUGGCAGGCAUGGGCAUGGGCAUGGGCAUGGGAAUGGGCAUGGGAAUGGGCAUGGGCAUGGGCACGGCGCCUCUGUCUCACAUCGCCAUGGCGCCUACGCCACAGGUGGCCCCCAUGGCAGUUCCAGCCGCUGUGCCGAUGAACAUGGCACCUCCCCCCACCUCCACGCCGCGGCCACUCAGCACCACCUUCAUGCCCCCGGCAGCGGUGAGCUCCCAGCCGCCUCCGCCCGUACCCAAGUUCAUGACCACGCCAACGCCACCACAGAUGAGCAUGGCUCCUUCUUCGCCACCCAACAUCAGCUCCUCGAUGAUCAACCUUGCUCCUCUCACCCCGAUGUCUCCCGCUCUACCAAAAGCCCCCAUUGCUCCACUGAGUUCCCCUCCAGUCCCGGCUCCAGUUCCAGCUGCAGUUCCAGUUCAUGUUCAGGUUCCUCCCGUAGUUCCAGUCCAAGCCCCUGCACCGCCUCAACCCCCACUGCCUCCACCGGUGAGCUCCAUCCUCUCCAACAUCAACAACGCCCAAAACUUCAGCUACUCCCGUCCCAAAGAGUUCAUCGCCGCCCAGAGCCUCUCCCCGGUCAGGAGCCCGUCCCCGACCGAAUCCCCGGUGCCCUUGCUCCAUGAGCUGGCCGCUGAGCUCCACCAGAGGCUGGCCAGGGAGAGAGAGACCAGCUCCCCGCUCAGCCCUGCCUCGUCCGUCUCCAGCUUCCCCAUGUCCCCACGCGUCUUCCACACCCGGGUACUGGACCCGGCCAGCAGCCCCCCGUACAUCUCCUCCCCGACCCUGGUGACGCCGGCCUUCGUCAACUCGCCGUUCCUGCGAGCCCAGUCUCCGCCGCAGGCCUCCUCCCCUACGUCCAGCAGCUCCACGCCCAGCCCCAUCCAGAACCCUGUGGCCUUCCUCAGCUCCGUGCUGCCCUCGCUGCCCUCACUGCCUGGCACCACCAACUCCAUGGGCCUGCCCAAGAGGGCCCCCAUUGUGCCUCAAAGUAUACUGAGGAAGACGAACCUGAGCCAGCGGCUUCCGUCUGAUGCGGAGAUCCGUGAGAGCAAAGAGAGCCUCCUUCAGGAUAUUGAGAAGAAGCUGAGAUUUAAAGAAGAUACGAUACGCCCAGGGCCACAGACUCAGCCUUUGCCUUAUGAGGGGAAAGCAGCGAGCAGACCUCUUGGACCAAACAUUCCCACUGCAACUGUCAUUAACUAUGACGAGGAGUACAAGGUGUCUAACUUUGAGCAGCGUCUGAUGAACGAGAUCGAGUUUCGGCUGGAGCGCACCCCGGUGGAGGAGUCGGAUGACGAGGUGCAGCAUGACGAGAUCCCCACGGGCAAGUGCAUCGCCCCGCUCUUCGACAAGAAGCUGAAGAACUACAGGGCCACCGAGGGAGCGCCCCUCUCCUUCACCUGCAAAGUGGUCGGAAUCCCCAUCCCAAAGGUCUACUGGUUCAAGGAUGGGAAACAGAUUCUGAGGAAAAACGAUCACUACAAGAAGAUCAGGGAGGGAGAUGGAACGUGUGCGCUCUACAUAGCGUCCGUCACGAAUGAUGAUGAUGGAAACUACACAGUAAUGGCUGCCAAUCCACAGGGAAGGAUGAGCUGUUCUGGUCAUCUGAUUGUUCAGACGGGUCCAAUACGAAACAGACAGAGUGUUGUUCAUUCACAGAGGGUGCGUGCUCGUGUCCAGGAAGUGGAGGAAGGAGAGCCAACUCAGGAGCGUUUCUUCAGGCCUCACUUCCUGCAGGCUCCAGGGGACAUGGUGGCCCAUGAGGGGCGGCUUUGUAGACUAGACUGUAAGGUGAGUGGUUUGCCGAACCCAGAGAUCAUGUGGCUGAUAAAUGGGAGGCCCAUCUAUCCAGACUUCACCCACCGGAUGCUGGUGAGAGAAAAUGGAAUCCACUCCCUCAUCAUCGACCCCCUGAGUCAAAAGGAUGGGGGCACGUACACCUGCAUCGCCUCCAAUAAAGCCGGCCAGAGCUCUUUCUGCCUUGAACUGAGAGUCGUGGAGAAAGAGUUGAAGCAUCCGCCGCAGUUUGUGGAGAAGCUCCAGAACACGGGUAUUGCGGAGGGCAUCCCUGUCCGGCUCGAGUGCAGGGUGGUGGGCAUGCCUCCACCCGCCAUCUUCUGGAAGAAAGACAACGAGACCAUUCCUCACUCUAGGGAUAGAAUGAGCAUGCAUCAGGAUGCCACAGGAUAUGUUUGCCUGCUCAUCCAGCCAACCAGGAAAGAGGAUGCUGGGUGGUACACGGUCUCAGCCAAGAAUGAGGCGGGCAUCAUCUCAUGUACAGCAAGGCUAGACAUUUAUGCUCAGUGGCACCAGCAGAUUGUUCAGCCCAUCCGGAGGAGCUCUCGCCCCACCAGUCGCUACGCCGCCCUCACAGGCCAGGGACUGGACAUCAAGUCGGCCUUCCCCUCCAGCGACAACUGGCCCAUCCUAUUCGCCAGCUCGCCCACAGAGGCCACCCUAGAGAGCGAUGAGCUGUGAGCAAGAGAGAGAGAGGAGAGAAUGAAGAAGAGCCAGAGCAGGACUCACAAGCCCUGCUAGCUAGAGGCGUAGCUAGGAGAUUUCAGGCCCUAGGAGAGAAUAUCCUUUUGGGUCCCCCCACCCAUGCAAAGACACGGUCUUUGGCAGUACUGGGCUGUUUGACAGAUCUUUCACCCAUCACCCACCCGCCCCACCACCCUCACGACUCCCCUGUCCCUGCCAUGUCCCUGAUAUCUGCUCUCAACACCUCUCCCUCUCCGUCACCCCACACCACUUCAUACCCCACCCCUACACUGCAAGUCUAUUAUCCGGAGUCUAUAACUAGACACGUCUAUUAUGCUUUUUAUUUUGCAGUUUUAUUGUUGUGGCUGACUGUGCUUUCACAGGGUUAUAUUCGUGAAGAGAGGUAACCGUUAGUCGACAAUGUCAUUGCUAGCUUGUUUCUUCUUCAUCUACCUGUUUUUGCUAUGUUUGUUUCCCCCACCCUUAGGCACAUUGCCAACGAGGGUUGAGAAAAUAGUUCACCUCAGCGUGUAGCCUUAGAUAUCGUAGUCGCAUCAUGUCACCAUUGAAAUGCUGGGGUUGGCGUAGUCUGGUAAAUCCACAAGUGGUGGCCCGUGGUGGAAAAUGUGCAGCAGCAUAGAGAUGGGAUGGUUAGUUUGUUUUUAUAGGAUGCUGCUCCUUCUGAGUCUCUGAGUCACUUACUCUGCUGGUCCAUGUCCAAGACUCCCAUGAGUCUGAGUCAUGAGUCAUGUCAGUAUAACUGCUGGAUUGAUUUUGGACUGCAUGUUGUGGAAACCAUAGCCUACACAUGCUUGCAUUUGUGAUUCAUUGUGUAAGUAUGGUGACCACAGAUCCAUGACUCCAUGAGUUAUUUGGAUGGAUCUGAGUGAUUCAGCUGAGUCAACUCGGGGUCUAAGGCAACAUUGCAACUGAGCACCCUUCAUCGAUCACAAACAGUCAUUGUAGAAAGCAGAGCUUGUGCGUAAUAAUGAGCUAUGACGGACCCAAUACAGCACUAUAAUUAAAAAAAUAAUAUUCUCUCCACCAUUCCAAAGUAACUAACUCUAGUAAAGUCACACUAAUUAAUUAACGGUAUGAUAUUAUAGAUGUCAGAUGCCUGAACGGGUUGCAAACUUCAAAGUCUUCCUCACUGGCCUCCACUUGAGGAUUACCCUUAGUGAAAGUGUUAUACUUUAUUGUUUUUUUCUACUUGUAUGUUUUGGAUGAAUAUGUAUGUAAAUGCUGAUUGGAUGGUUGAAAAAACAAUGGAUUAACUCACAAACAUGAAGAACUCACAAAUGUGAAGAACUUAUAAGCCAAUUGAACAAAUUGCAGUUGAACCAAGGUAUGAACUGAAGUUUGAAAAGCCCUCACUUUUCAUUACAACAUUUUUGCUAAAUUCCAUAUAAUUUUCAAUGCGACCACCUGAUCUUCAAGCAAUCUUGAAUAUCUCAUGGAUUGAUCUUAAAGAGCCACACACAUUAUUUAUUUACAUACCUGAAUGAAAACCAUAUGCCAAUCACUGAACUAAACGGCGAAUUAGUUCAAAUAAUGAAUUGAUGAAUGAAAUUAAUUUUUCAUUGAUGAAAAAGAUAAUGCUAUAUUUCUCUUACUGAAUGUUUGCACAAUACUAUAGAUGAGAAUUAUGAAA